UGUAGAGGACGAGGGAGAUUAUUGUUGUAGUUCAUUGAGCAUCUUGCCCUAACGUGCAACAAGCAAGACAUGAAGCUGGAGGUUUUCUCCACCACUCGCAUCCCGGAGAAGGACGCGCUCGGUGAGGCUAAAGUGAGCUCUCCGCUGUGCACUGAAGAGGAGCUGGGCUCGGACGGAGACUGCGCGGUUAACAGCCCGGCCCCCGCGGCGCGCGCUUCCGGCACCACAGCCAAGCCGUACACGCGCAGACCCAAGCCUCCCUACUCCUACAUCGCCCUCAUCGCCAUGGCCAUUAGAGACUCGGCCACGGGCCGGCUCACGCUGGCUGAGAUUAACGACUACCUGAUGAAAAAAUUCCCCUUUUUCCGAGGCAGCUACACCGGCUGGCGGAACUCCGUGCGGCACAACUUGUCGCUGAACGACUGCUUUCUGAAAGUGCUGCGGGAUCCGUCGCGCCCCUGGGGGAAGGACAAUUACUGGAUGCUGAACCCGCACAGCGAGUACACCUUUGCGGACGGCGUUUUCCGCCGCAGGAGGAAGCGCAUUAGUAAAAAGCCUCUAAAGGACUUGGAUGCCGGCGUGCCGGUGCGCGACGAGACAACCAGAAAUGGCACCAAGUUCUCGAGUUCAUUCGCUAUUGACAGCAUUCUAAGUAAACCGUUCAGGUGCCGAGAGGAAGUAAAGAAAACGGUUGCCAACGGGACUGAGCUAAUGUUGCCCACAGUGUCUCACUUCAUGCCGCUGGUCAUGAGCUAUCCACUGCUCACUGCACCGUUAUUCCAUGCCGGCUCUGAAUUCACGCGUGUGUCUCAAGAGGGCAGAUGCGACUCCUCGAACUUAACUAAGCGUGUGCCUGAUUUCCAGAGUCACCUCCAGGAUCUGACAUAUUCCCACAUUCCCGUUCACACCGCACAGGAGGCCCGGUACCACCCCUUCCGAAUUGACUCUUUGCUUUCCUGAGUUACACAAUAGUCCAUACCCGGGUUAUGUGCACUUUCUAUGUUGUAUGGUCUGAAAACUAUAUGGUGAUUUGCUGUAACUAAUAUGGUAUUCACUUUUUACGCAAACAGUAAGUCAAAAACUUCUAGUGUACAUGUGGCACCAGGCAUUGCGUUUACUUGUGCUUGCGAAUUCCAUUUUUAUUUAUCAGUAAGGACUACAGAAAUGUGGUAUGUAUUUAUGUGUAUAUAGUUUGUACCGGUAAAGUUAAAAUGUGGAUAUUUUUUUUUUGUGUGAGCUGCGCUCCACCAGUAGCACUGUAGCACUGAUUUGUUGCUAAUAA